AAAAACAAUAGGAUAAUACCCAAAUUGGAAUCAUAUUUUCCACAACACUAUUUAUUAAGUCGUCUACGAUAAACAAACAAGUGGUUAAUGGCAUGACAAGGCGGCUAGGUGCGCCAAAACCUUCCUGGUUUUGAUGCCUCCAACAACAAUUCCCUCUUUGGCCUUUAUUUAAUCUCUGUCAACCAUCAAUGGCUCAACCUCCAAAGUCCGACGCCGACACCGACGCCGAUGCCGGAGCUGUGUUUGUCCUCCAGUCAAAAGGAAAAUGGUGGCAUGCAGGGUUUCAUCUGACGACGGCGAUAGUUGGACCCACAAUACUGACGCUGCCGUAUGCAUUCAGAGGAUUAGGAUGGGGAUUAGGGUUCUUUUGCUUAACGACGAUGGGUGCUGUUACCUUCUAUUCUUACUAUCUCAUGUCGAAAGUGCUGGACCACUGCGAGAAGGCUGGACGCCGCCAUAUCAGAUUCCGUGAACUGGCCGCCGAUGUUUUAGGGUCGGGGUGGAUGUUCUAUUUUGUGAUAUUUAUUCAAACAGCUAUCAACACGGGGGUUGGAAUAGGAGCAAUUUUGCUCGCAGGUCAAUGUCUCGAGAUCAUGUAUUCCAAUCUUGCUCCCAAUGGCUCCUUGAAACUAUAUGAAUUUAUAGCAAUGGUAACAGUGGUAAUGAUAUUUUUGUCUCAACUUCCAACCUUUCACUCCCUGAGGCACAUCAAUUUAGCUUCUUUACUUCUCAGUUUGGGCUAUACUUUCUUGGUGGUCGGUGCUUGUAUUAAUGCAGGUACCCUCAAUAUCUCUUACAUCUAUUACAUCGAUGGUAAUUAAGUUUGAAUUGAAUCAUAAUUUAAAAUGAUUGUUUAUAUAUUAAUAAAAUUAUAUUUGCAAAAUUCAUGUUUAGUUUAAUCAAGAGAGAAUGUUAAUUAUGUUAGAAUGACAAAAAAAAAUUAAUGUUACGUGAAGUUUUAUAUGAAAUUGGAACAAUGAAUGUCAUAC